GUAAUAUCUAUAUCUGUAAAUAUGAAUAACACAUCAUCCACUCAUUCCGCUAGUAUUGAGGCGAACAUUGUAAAUAAAUUAUGCAGAACAGAUAAAUCAUGUAUUUUAAAAUAUGUAGCUAAACCACUGUGUCGCUGCUUGAUUUCUAAUGAAACGUUCUUUGAAUAAUCAUAAGUAUUUCGUGUUAUGGUAUUGUACUCAUUAUAACUUGGAGUGAGGGCAUGAAAAAGCAUGUGGAUUAAAGCUGGUAAGCAAGAGGAUUAAGCGAUUAAAGGAAAAGUAGAGACCCAGCAGAUAUUGUCUGCACAUACUUCAUUCUUCUAGUAACUAUUUAUUUUUGUUCUUUUAGAUUUUUAUCGGUUCUUAAAAAAAGAAAGAAAAAAAAAAAGAUAUAUAUAUAUAUAUAUAUAAAUUUCUUUCUCUGUUGCUGGGUCUAUUUGUUCAUAGAAUCACCUCAUAAAAUAUUGCAGCUCAUCUAUGCUGGAAAUCCUUGGAGAUUUGGCCCCAUUCACCCACAGUCAUAAAUUAUAGAAAUGUCAACGUGUCUCACAAAUUGCAGUUUGUUUUGUCCCUUUCAAUGAAAGAAUUUGCAGAGAUUUGGAAAUAUAGAGUGUUUGUGUGUGUUUAUAUUAAUACAUGUCUAUCAUAUAUAAGCAUAAUUUUCUUUUUUUAGUGAUGGCUAGGUUGCACCAUGUCCUUGAUGACAUCAUUAUUGGAAUGUGCUAAAGUGAUGUCAUCUUUAAUAACCCAUAUUGUGGAAACAACAUCGCCAUAGGGCGUUUGCUCAAUCCUAUGAGAGGAAAAACGCAUUCAUUUUGCUUCAGCUUGGGGACAAUAAAACUAAUGUUUUGUAUGGCUGUGGUUCUUUGCAGUGAAAUAAAAAUUAAAAAUAUGUUUUUUUGAGACAGGAUAUUUCCUUUCUUAGACAAACUGUUGGCCCAUGUCCCCUUGAAUGUGGUUAAAUAAUAUGAAUUAAUGCAGUUGCUACUAAAACAUGCAAUCUGUUAGAUAUAUGUUAUAGAGCUCUGCUUCACUCCUACUUGAUAUUUCUUGCCCUAAUGUUUCUAAUACCCCACCUCCUAUAGUCUGUAAGCUCGUUUGAGUAGGGUCCUCUUCAACCUAUUGUUCCUGUAAGUUUUCUUGUAAUUGUCCUAUUUGUUACAUCCCCCCUCUCAAAACAUUGUAAAGCGCUACGGAAUCUGUUGUUGCUAUAUAAAUGGCAAUAAUAAUAAUAAUAAUAAUAAUAGACAUGUUUACAAGAAUUUUAGACCUUGCCCUUGAUUAAAGCGGAAAAUGUGAAGUUGUUACAUUUGUUGCACUAGCUAUCCUGUUAGUUUUCAACCUAAAUCAGUAGAAUUCAUCCUGAAUCACAAUUAAUGUGAGCUAGAGCAAAUAUGGCAAAAUUGUAAAAUAAUGAAAUAGUGUGAGAAUGUCAUCUUAUUUGUAUCCUUUAGAUUGUAAGCUCAUGGGCUAUCUAGCUAAGCACUUUGCAUAAAAUUGCUUCAAUAGCUUGAUCUCAGCUUAUGGGUAGGGCCCUCUUUACCUUUUGUAUUUGUCUGUAUAUAUUGUACAUAUGUUCUCCCCUAAUUGUACAGCACUGCAGAAUAUGUGGGUGCGUGAUAGAUGCCAGUAAUUAAUAAAUUAAUCACUUAAAAAGAACACUAUAGGUCUAGCCUUUUAUUUAUCUGUAAAUUAAUUUAACCAUCUUCUCGUUCUUCAUAUAAUAUUUUCAUAUCCCAUUUUUGUUAGAAAUAGUCAUAGUAAAAACUAUGGAGAAACUGCCAAUUGUUACUAGUUUCUAAAAUCAUUAGUGUGUUGGAUAAAAUAUUGUGUCUACAACUUUUAUUAGGUGGGAUUUAGAAUGCAGCUUCGGUGUGCAAAGAGAACUGGCAGGAACUUUGCCCUCCAGCUAUCAUCCACUCCAUAAAUCUAUGUAAUGACACCCAUUAAAGAAACAGAAAUGUAGUGUUUCUACAUUAUGAAUGCUGGUUUAGCUUGUUUUCCUGUUCCAUAGGGAAUAAAAGAUACCAGAGAUGCAAUCCAAAAUGGCAGGACUCAAUUACCUAUUAGUUCAUCCUCCAGACUCACCUGGGAAGUGUAUUCUGUUAAGGUAAUGUACAGGGUCUGGCAAGUCAUGAUAGUUAGUUUAGUGUUUUUACACAUGUUUUGGUGAACGCAUGACAUUUUAUUCUGCAGCCUAUCUAUGAAUUUUAAAUAAAAUUGUCAGAAAGACUACUCUCUACACAAAUAUAUCAGUGGAAAUUGUACUUAAUUGUAUCUUAAAUCUUACAGUCUGUCAGUCAAAAAUGAAUGGGAAAAAAAGCAAAAUCAUGAACUUUGUAGUCUUAGUCAGUCCAACAUGUUCUCACAAAAAGUACAAUUUAAAAAUGGAGUAAUCAUUUCCUGUUAGGAAAAGGCUAGGAAUAAAAUAGUGUGGCGGUUGUGAAAUUGUGUGGUGAUGGAAAAUCCUGAGCAAAUCUGAAGAUACAAAUGCUACAGGAGUUCUUUAUAUGUAGGUGCAGGAAGUGGAUGCAUCCCUCUACCUUCUGAAAAAUGGAAAUGGCAAUAAACACUGAACAUACAAGUGAUGUGGAAAUGAGGGCUCCUUUUUCUUUUACCCUCAAGGACACACGACAUGUGUGACAUGUUAUGAUUCCCUUUUAUUCCAGAAGUUUGGUCCUUAAGGGGUUAAGCAGGUAAAGGUGAUAAAAAGACCAAAUGUUAAAGUGACAAAUAUAAACAAGAUACACCUUCUUUUGGGAGGGAUGUGUAUGCAAAAGAGCGCUAAAGUGAAUAAACAGCAGCUCUAUACACUUGUGUGGAAUACCCUCUCAACCACAUCCAAAACUCAAAAUCUGUAAGGUGGUAUAAAUAGAACCUACACAUCAAGUGGAGCACUUGAAUUAAAAUAAAAUCUGAAUUAAAUUUAAAUCAGGUGAACUUACCCCACGUCACCUUGUUAAAAUCUUUAACUUGUGAUACAUAUAAAAAAUAAAAAUAGGUCAGCUGACGAAGCUCUGCAAGAGUGAAACACGUUUUGCCCAUAUUCAGGACUUUUAUAUAUCUAAAUUAUAGUUUCAUUUAUAUCAUAUGUUUUAUAUUUAAUUGUAAAAUACAUUUUAUUAAUCUUUUAAAGUCCUUUAGAGCCUUCCGAAUCUUUAUAGGGGUUGUGCCAUCCCCACAAAAAUUGGCACAACGCUAUUAUACCUCAGAGCCAGUACUGUAAGGCUCUGAACAAGGUGAGCACUACCUAUUCCACCUUUUUACCAGUUUUUUUUAUUGACAGACUACACAUUGGUUCCCUUUCCUGCUUUGUUUUUUCUCUGAGAGAACUUCAAAAUGGAUGAGAGGUGUGAUGCUGCCCUAAAACCAUAAAAAACCCAGUAACAGAGUAUAUAUAUAUAUAUAUAUACACCCCUUUAAAUGUGAGUGAUCCUACUUCUCUACCAUUUAUUCUAUUUCAUUUUGUAUACCAUCUGCACUAUAUUGGGUCUAUUUUUAUUUUUUAUAUGUAUCACAAGUUAAAGAUUUUAACAAGGUAACGUUGGGUAAGUUCACCCCAUUUACAUAUAUAUUUUAUUCAAAUGUUAUUUCAUUUAAACCGCUCAACUUAACGUGUAGGUUCUACUUAUACCACUCUACAUAUUUUAAAGUGACAAUAGUCAGCAUCUGAUGGAACUCACUGUAUGACACUCUAACCGCGUAUUCCCUAACUCCAUGGGAAUUCAAAGAAUUUAACAUUUUUGGCUAAAGUAGCCAAAUUGGAAGCAUAGCAAACUUGUACAGGAACAGGAAACAGAAACUCUGCGCGGAACAGGAGUUUCUGUUUCCUAUACCCAGCCGGAUUGACAGGAAGUGCACACUGAGUGUGCAUCUUCCUAUCACUCCGGCCGGGCACCGCGGACCGGAGAGGAGCUCGGCCACGCUACAGGGAAGGGGAGGUGAGGGGGAGGGGGGAUUAACAGUAGGAGGGGAGAGUAACAGUAGGAGGGGGAUAACAGUAGAAGGGGGAUGGGAGUAACAGAAGGAGGGGAUUGGGAGUAACAGAAGGUAGGUGUGGGGGUAACAGAAGGAUGGGGUGGGAGUAACAGAAGCAGGGGGUAAGAAGAACGGGGGAGUAAGAAUAACGGGGGUAAGAAGAACACAAGGAGGAGGGAGGAGAGUAAGGAUGAGGAGAAGGGGAGAUGAGGAGGAGAGCGGGGGACUGAGAGAGAACAGGGGAGGUAAGGAGGACACAGGGAGGAGAGGUAAGAAGAACACAGGGAGGGUGAGGAGAAGGGGAGAUAGGGAGGACACAGGGAGGGAGAUGAGGAGAACACAGGGAGGGAGGUGAGUAGAACACAGGGAGGGAGGAGGACACAGGGUGGGGAGGUAGGGAGGACACAGGGAGGGAGGGGUAAGGAGGAGAAUACAGGGAGGAGAGGGGGUAAGGAGAACACAGGGAGGGGGGAGGUGAAGAGGACACAGGGAGGAGAGGGGGUAAGAAGAACACGGGGAGGUGAGGAGAACACAUAGAGGGGGGAGGUGAGAAGAACACGUGGAGGGGGGAAUGAGAAUAGCACUGGGAGGGUGGGUGAGUGUGAGAAGAGACCGAUAGGGGAGGGUGGGGGAGAGGCGAGACCACUAAGGGGCAGGGAAGAGCUCUAAGGGACAGAAGGGACAGCUCUAUAGGACAGGGGACAAGACAGGGAGCGCUUUCACACUACGCCCACACACACAAUGCAUCCCUACACACACAGAAACACAACAUGCUUCCCUUACACACAGAAACACACAAUGCAUCCAUUACACACACACAAUGCAACCUUUACACACAAAGACAAUGCAUCCUUUGCGCACACAUACACAGAAACACACAAUGCAAACCCUUACACACACACACUGCUUUUCUUACAUACACACAGAAACACAAUGCAUCUCUUACACACACUCAAUGCACACAGACACACACCUUGCAUCCCUUAUGCAUACAAACACAGAUUCACGCAAUGCAUCCGUUACACACAACCAGAAACACACAAUACAUGCCUUAUACACAAAUACACACUGCUUCCACUACACACAAACACACUGCAUCACCUACACAAACUGGUAUCCCUAUACACUACAUACAUAUAUUAGAUCCUCUACAAUAACAUAACAUAACACUCCACUCCUUGUGCGUGAACUCAUGGGUGGGUGGAACAUAUAAGUGGACUUAUGAGUGGGCCUUAUGGACAUACUCACCAUCAGGCCCUGGGGUCCAGACCUUGAGCUGUGUAAGGGGCCCCCAAAAAAUGGAGCUGCUUCCAAUUCUCCCAGAACAUUGAAUUUUGUGACCACAAUUGCAAACAGCCUCCAGAGAUCCUGUUCUACAACAGACCAGUGGAGCCAAACUGCAGCCCAUCAUCAUCCUCAUCUGGUUGUAAGUAGGCAAUCUAGUAUAUUAUUAGUGACACUAAUCUAUAAUUUACCUAACAUUAAAGGGACACUAUGGUCCCCAGAACCACUUUAGCUUAAUGAAGUGAUUCUGGUGUCUAUAGCCGGUCCCUGCAGGCUUUUUAAUGUAAACACACACUAUGUGCACCACUGGCGUUAGUUCAUAUGGCAGAUCAUAUGGGUGGGGCAUUGUGAUGUCACAUGGGGGCGGCAAAUUCAGCUGUUCCCCAUGCAGCCACAGGUACCGCUUUGCUGGGAGAUUGUGAUUACUCUUCACUUCCUCCCAACCUACAGAGCAGCGCAUGGGAGAGAGAGAGGAGGAGGCAUGAUUUAAUUUUACAACAAAUCCAGUAAGCAAAUCUUUAUAAAUUUGGGGGGAUCAGCUCUGUUUCCACGGUUUAUUGGUGUUUACUCUGAUGUCUGUAUUAAUAUUGAGGGAUUUCUAAGUAGUAACAUCAGUGUGUGUCAGCAGGGCCAGCCGUUGGGGUGUGCAAGCUGUGCGGUCAUGCAGGGUGCCAUGACAACAGAGGCGCCCGGCGGCCAACACAGCUCACAAGUUGGGGACACCAGCAUAUUCAAUUUAAACGAUUCGCUUGUGGUCCACUGGUGCGCAUCAGAUUAUAUACUCUCCCUCGUGGUUCCGGCGCUCAGUUAGUGAGUCAGAGCACAGGCUCAGAGAUUCUCAGCCUGUGCUCUGACAACAUUGAAAGUUGAUUAGCAUAACAUCAAUAUCCGUUAUAAAACCAGGAAAAGGUGGGCAUGGAUGGUGAACUGAUUUGGUGGUGCAAUGGGCCACUUGACUGGUUUUGCCCCCCAGGCCUAAGGCUGCCAGCCCUCCCCUGGU